CAUUUCUCCGAAUCUGUUUACAGACAUCUUGUGUAAUCCGCUCAUAAAGAACAAAUGUAUUUUAGUGAAAUAAAUAUUGACCCAUAUUGGAAAGAUUGGGGUGAUAGGAUAGGCUACAGAAAGAGGACCAUCCGCGUUCUCCCUGUUGUGAAGAUGUUAUGUUGUUGAGAGGAGACCUACGUGAGAAUACGUGUUGGACCUUUUCAGCGUUUUUGAACGUCGUUAUCUCCUUACCAGAAAUUGUGUUAUCUUUAGUAGUUGUGUGAUCGCAAUUUAACCUACGGAAAGGCAAAAAUAAAUAUGAAAAACAAUAUUUUUUUAUUGUUUGCCUUUGAGGCAUCUUUGGUUUUCAACAAUAGUUUCACCAAUUGAACAUAGCAUUCAAUUUAUAUCUAUCAGUAGGCCUAUUGUCCUGAUCCACACUAGGAUGCUGCAAGCGCCUAACACCCUGGGGCAUGAAAAGCCCCUGAUUAGAUUAUCCUUUUCCUCAUGUGUUGUGAGCACAGUGAGUCUACCACUGCUUGGUCUAACAUCAUGCAUCUUCAUAUCCUCCGUUUUCCAUUUUGAAGAUUCAACCGGUACACAUUGCCAGGUUCCUAAUUAUUUACCUUCUAUCAGUGCCUCCAUAAGCCAGAGUCCAGAGUGCCAUAUCUGGCGUGUCUGCAUUGGGCUGCACUCUGCUCCUCGGUUCCUCGUGGCCGUGUCCUACUUUAACCUCUAUAAGAGUCGCUUCUCCUCCAGGUUCCCACAGUGGCUGCUCUACAGCGGGAACCUGGUGUGUGCGCUCACUGAAACCUUUGGUCUCUUGCUGCUCUCCUAUGUGUCCUCUAACGAGACAUACUUUGUCCAUAAGGAAGGUUUCGUCCUGUUCAUCUUCAGUUCUCUAGUUUACAUGUUGAUAACAUGCCGACUCUGGAAUAUUAUUAAAAAGUACUCUCUGAGCCCAGAGGACCUUAAAUCCUAUCACUGGAAGAUCCGGUUCUUGACUCUCAACGUGUCUUUCUGCUUCCUCGCUGCUUACUUUUACUGGAAACACAACAUGUAUUGUGAACCUGGGAGCUACACUUUGUUCUCCUUGUUUGAGUAUCUGGUAGUUUUGUCAAACAUGGCCUUUCACCUAACUGCAUUCUGGGACUUCAAGAGCAGAGAGGUAGUGAUUAUGUCACUAGCAGAAGAAAAAUACUUCUGACUGGGGAAUCGAGGUGGCAUCACCAGGUCAACAACCCCCCAGCCCCCACCUGACUCUGAUCCCUCUGCUACACUGGGAAAGCAGGAAGAUGUUUUGUUUCAUAUAUGUUAAUGAGGACCUCAUGACACUGGACAUAGACAAUUUGCCUAACGUAUACUGCACUGGAAAGGUAUAAACUCAUUCGUUCAACAGUGUUGGCCAUCUGAGGGUCACUGCUGUUGGUUAGCCAGACGUGCAUGUUUUUUCCUUCUUCUGACUGGAAUAAAUGAAUCGUAGUGCAAAAAUCUUCAAAUCUCACACAUUAGUAAACUGCUGUGGACAAAUCGCUAUAUAAUACAGUAUUUUCCAUACAGAAGGUUAUUGGCAACAACUGAUGUUUCUCAAUAGAGCCAACUACUCAGAUAUUAUGGUCACACAUACUCCAGCUGAAAUUACAAAAGUCUGCAUGUAAAUUAACUUCCUGGUUUGUGAAGCAGAUGGACUGAUAGAGGGAGAGAGGAGAGAUAUUAUUGUUACUUCAUACUAUACAUCAAUGCUGCAACAAUGACGAUGUGUUAUUUGUAGUGUUCCUGCCAGUAAGUAUAGACACUGAUGCCUUAUUUUACUAUCAAAUGAGAAGCAGGAUAGAACAGAAAUCUUUUGCUGUUCAUUGAUUUUCACUUGGCAAGUGUUAACCCUCGUGCUGCCUUCGGGUCACAUGACCCAAAGGUUCAUAACGAACCAUCGUUGUGUUUACCCAAUUUUACCCAAUACAAAAACAAAUAAAAAUAAUUUUCUUUUAACCUUCGCAAUGUGGGGGGUCUGAGACAGCCCAACGGUUAAAAGAAAAUGCUUCACUUUGUUUUUGUAUGCGGUAAAGUUGUCGCAAUACGACGGUGGGUCACACGGCUGAUGGGUCAGAACGACCCGAAGAUAACACAAGGGUUAAUCCAACACUGAAUUUGUAGGUGGUCGGAGCUCUACAAUCACAUUUCUUUAUAUUAAGUAUGUGAAACAUUUCCUUACAGGGUGUCUGCUAUAAACAAAGACAAACCAUGCUAAGAUUUCGGUCAGAAUGUACCUUUCAAAGAAAGUUUAAGCUUUUGUGAAAACUUACUCAUUCAAAUCUAAAAUAGACAGCAAGCUAUGGACUUUCAGGGGGAAGUUACUGACUAGCAGUGUUCCUUGUAUUCUCUCUUUCUGUCUCUAACUAAUGGCCAUGAUAGGAAAAAUAUAUCUUGUCUUUAAUCAAAGGCCUCUGUAUUUCCUCUUUUAGAUCUAGAACUCAGCAAUUUCAAAGAAGGAACAGUGUAAUAACUCUGUGGUUGGUUUGCAACACACAUCACCAUAGAAGAACUGAUUGACCAAAGGGUGUUGAAGAAAAUCAUUACACAUUGUGAAAAUGUACACAAUUCAAUUCCACUUUUAUAAAACAACCAUUGCAAUAUCAGAAACCAUUGGUACAAGAUAUGGGAUAUUAUUGUUGAUUCAUGAUUUUUCAUGACUUUUGGGAUGUUCAAUUAUUGUUAAAGUCACUGCCAACAGUUUACUUCAAUGAUCAAUUGUAAAUAUCUGGUAACUACAAAUUUUAAAUCAAGCACAUAAACACAAUCAGUUUUAAAACCAUAUGCGCCUAAUGCAAGUAAAUAAAUGUACCUUGUUUGAUUUGUGA